CGUAAAUGGAAGAAAACGCUCAAGCUCGGGAAAGACUACCUCCUACGGUAACAGGGCUAUCGCCCACUGAAGGAGUCCCUGGAACUCAAAUAACAAUAAGAGGAGAAAACUUGGGAAAUGAUCAGAGUGAUGUGAUUAUGCUUUUUAUAUGUGGAAUCGACAGUUUGUGGAGUAUGAAAUGGAAAUCCCCAUCAAAAAUUAUUGCCCGAGUUGGUGCAGCAUCACGUGGUCCCGGUGAAGUACGAAUAGCGACAAAAUCCGGUGGAAAAGGCUCUUCGAAUGUCAAAUUUCGUGUCUUCAUUACUCAAAUCGGACCACUUGAAGAAUCCGCAGUCUGGGUAGAUGAAACGAGAACAGUUCCAGGAAGAGAAGCAAUUCGAAGUGUUCCACAAAUUCAAGAUGAAAGAGAUGCACUUGGAUUACUUCCAAGUCAGAAACGAAUGGAUCAAGUUCUUCUCUCAAGAGAUUUUCCUGAUUGUUCUGGCAAUUUAAGAAUGGAAAAUUUCUCUCCACAAUGGUAUCUUCUAGAGAAUCAUGCAGACGCCACAAUCGAAGAUCUACGAAUUGCUAUUAAAAAUAUGGAAUUAUCAAAGCAAAAUGAAGCGAAAAGAAGUGAAGAAAUGCACAAAGCAAACUUGUAUUCAUUGAUUAAUUGUGUGGAUACUUUGGCAAAUCUUCAUCAAGCGUUAGAAAAAGGAGAAAAUGCUGAUCAUUUUGCCGCUUUAAAAAACAUUUCUAAACUGAUCAAAGACUCCAAAUCGAAAGCAGAAAAUGUGUUUGCCGAUGUCUUAAAACGAAAAGAUGAUGCAGACGCAACUAGAAAUGCUCUCGGAGUCAUUGUCAGAUUCAAGUUCAUCUUUUUCCUUUCUUCGAAAAUUGAGGACAGUAUGAAAAAGGGUGAAUAUAUUACAAUUCUCAAUGAUUAUACAAGAGCAAAAUCGUUGUAUGCAGACACAGAUGUUCCGUUGUUUAGAGAAUUGAUGACUGAGAUCGAUGAGAAAAUGCAAGUAUUCAAGGAAGAAAUGAAACGAAAGCUUAUCGAUACUCCAGUCUCAUAUGAAGAACAAAGUAAACUUAUCAAAUAUCUAAAAAUUCUGGAUCCAGAAUCAGACCCUACUUGGGAUUGUAUAACCUCUUAUUACGUCUGGCUUGAGAAAAGUCUCUGGGAUAUGCAGACGCAAUUUUUGGAAAAAGCUAAAUUAGAGGAUCUUGAAAAUCAGCAGAGAAUCAAUUCGCAGAAUCACCUGAUUACGAAAACCAAUGAGCUACAGAACUUUGUGACAACGCUGGUUGAAUUAUUAUUGAGCAAACUUCCCUCAUUUUGGAAACUUGCCAACACAUAUCAUAACUCAACGGCUUCUCCUGAUGCCAUUCAACGAUUGGAGGAUAUUAAUCAAAUGCUGACCAACAUCAUAAACGUCUCAUCGUGGCUGAUUCUGAACGCCCUGGUUCCCAAAGCUCUUCCUGAUAUGGUCUUGAAGCAGUACGGAGAUCAAUUUGCAAAGUGGCCCACAGUUCCUGCUGAUAUUAGUCGUUCAAAUCUUCAACUCAGUCUAAAAACUACAAGAUCUUUGAUUUCUUCACUGCUUGAAAAUCAAUUCAGUCUUACUCAUGUUCAACCGUUAGUUGAACUGUGUAUGACUGCCAGAUUGAAGUUGCUCUCCGAUUUCGUAGAUUGUGGAGUGGAAAGAGUUGCUCUUCUUGCUCACCGAAUCAACUGGAAGCAAGAUAUUCUUGACAGAGCACAACAAACAAAGACAAUUCUUCCUGAUUAUUAUGAAAAUGAGAUUUGCGAAUGCCUUACGCGUACUCGUGAUGCUCUUUCCAUUUCUGGAUAUCCUGGAGAAGCUUGCCUUUUCUCUCGAGAACGUUUCCGUGACACAAUUAUUGAUCUAUUCGUACAUCUCAUCACUUCUAUAAAAAUAUGUUUCGAUCGGUUAUUCAUUCGACAAAGACCUCAACAAUUGGCUCAAGAACCUGGACAAAAGAAAGGAAAUAAUGAAAUAACGACGAAAAAACUUUUAAUUGCCGUUGGAGAUAUCGAAUUUAUCAUUGCAAAAACGCUGAAUAAUGUUGGCAAAAAGAUGCAAGAAUGUGGAGUUAAACAUGUUGAUCAAAUUCAAGAAAAAUCUCGAGCAAAACUUUCCGCAUUCCGAACUAAAAUGAUCAAUGAUUGCAUUGCGAUGAUGAGCAGUGCAUUUGAACCUCUUAUUGCUUCAGCAACUUAUGAGUACUUACCAGAUGAUGAUGAUAUCUCCGAUUACGCCAAGGAAAUGAUCCUCUGCUCUGUGCUCCAACAAGCAGAACUAGAACUUUAUGCUCCACAGCUAGCAAUUGAAUGUCUCCAACAAACAGUAUCAAAUGCUCUUGAUGCUCUUCUUCUUCAUUUUUCCCGACUGAAUCAAGAUACAUCACCAUUGAUUGUAACACAAAUUGUCAUUGAUUUGACUGGUCUUGAAGAGGCUCUCUCAACGUAUGCCACGCUGGCAAUUCGGGUGCAAAUAAAUACUUAUAGAGCAGGACUCGUCGGACGAUUUGAUAAUCAACGUCUUCAGCAAUGCCUUAAAAACAUGCGAACCACUAUGCGAAUGGCUCUUCAAAGUCUAGAGCAACACGCCGAGAACCUUGGCGACGACUCUCACAACACCUCCAACAUCUAGAUCAAUUUAUUAAAAACGCUUUCAAUUUUUUCUGUGAUAUUACAAUAUUCAUCAUAAUUUUAGUGCCAAUUGUUAAAAAAGAACUAAAGCCCUGUAAAAAUCUAUAUCUAAAUUAUUUAAAUUGUAUUAUUUAUUUGUAAUAAUAAAGUUUCGCUU